CUUCCCGCGGCAAGGGCUCAGCUGAGGGAGGCAACGCGGGCCGGCAGCGCCCUAGAGAGAGAGAGAGAGAGAUGAUGCCCUGGCGGCGGCGGCGGCAACAUCACUAUUCCGUAUCCCGCUUGUGGAGCCGGUGACGCCGCAGAGCGCUUGGAUGACGCAGUCGCCACUCGCGUCUUUUCGGCGCCUCUGAGCAUGUGCAGAUUGCCGGCUGCUGUGCAGGGAGUGUCUCUGGGCGGCCAUUUUGAGCCUCUCCCCUCCCUUUCCGGCCUCACCUGGGCGGACAGGUGUCGUCCGAGGAAGUGGCGAGGAAAAUGGGGCUCUCGCGGAAGAAGCCUGGCGGUGGGGUCCUCCUGCUUCUGUGGGCAGCCCUUGCCAGAGUCUACUCCCUCGAGAUCCAGGCUGACUCAGACAUCCAGGCCUUUGUGGGUGAGGCCGUGAUCCUGAAGUGCUGGUUCAAGUCCUCCUCCCCAGUCACAGAGAAGCUCACCAUCGAUUGGACAUACCGACCUCUUGCAGGGGGCAGUUUGGAGCCGAUCUUCCACUACCAGUCAGAUGCCUAUCCAGCUAAGAAGGGCACCUUCCGUGACCGGGUAUCCUGGGUUGGAAACGUGGCCAAGCGGGAUGCUUCCAUUAGGAUCAACAACCCAACGAUGGCUGACAAUGGGACUUUCACAUGCGCUGUGAAAAAUCCCCCAGAUGUGCAGCAUAACAUCCUCCAGACUAUGCUGACUGUCACUCAGAGAGGGGCCUCCUUCCAGCUGACGUCAGCUGGGCUUCUCUCCAUCCUGGUCUUCCUCCCCUCAGCCAUUGUGGUGGCCUUGCUCCUGGUUCGAAUGGGCAAGAAGCUCGGGGUGCUGAAAAGCAAGAAGAAGUGCAGCUACAAGAAGUCCUCCAUCGAAGUCUCUGAAGAACCUGAGCGACCUAAGUGCAAGGAGAGGCUGGCCGCCUGGUGUCUGCGAUGUAUGGAUUCAGAUGAUGAGGAUCCUUACUGACUUGAGGACAAAUAUAUUUUUCUGAAUGUCAUCCGAAGGCCAACAGGAUACAUCCCAGUGAUUCUUCAAUGAAUGGAACUUUGGCACUGGACUUCAUGGUGUCAGGAGGGCUCUGAUGGUGUGUGUGGGAUCAGGUUCUACCUCAUGUUGGGGAUCAUCAAGAUGUUACAGCUUCUCAUUGGUUGGUGUGGCUCUUGCCCUGUUUCUUUGGAUGGAGAAUUGCGCCUGUGGGGAGUACAGCUAUCUGUACUGUUGGGUUCUGGGUAAGAUGACCUGUGCUGAUUGACACUCCUGAGCUGCUGCUUCUCCACACACUGCGUUGAACUCAGCCACCCUUUAGCACUUGACUCAUGAAGGUGUUACUUGGUCCUCCUCCUCCUUGCCAUAUUUUUGCACAAACCUCCGGUAUAGUUCCAACUCCUACAGCAGCAGCAACAACAACAACAAGAACAAAACAGCAAGAACAACAUGCUUGGAAAUGGUGUGGGCACCUUGUGUCUGGUGGCCAGUUACCACUGACAUGGAGAAAAGGGGGUAGUCUGGACUACAUCUGAAGCAGGCAAAUGUUAACGCCUGCAGUGGCUUGGAGAGAGUUGGGCAGGUAUUCCAUGGCUCAAGACCAGAGAGGUUCAUUGUGCUUUUGUUUCCAGGGAGAGAGAAGGGCCACUGUGUGAUCUUCUCCUUUGGCUGCUGCCCAUGGCUGCUGGUUCACAGCCAAGCUGGCCAUAGGCAGUGGCACCAGAGCAGGUGAUGGUAGGGGGACUGAGCUUCCUUUUAAUGAAUGCCAAGUGUGGCAGCUGGCCUUUUGCCACAUGCCUGGGGCUGGCAUUGUGUUCCUAGGUUCAGGCGACUUAGAGCUAAAAUGUAAGAAGAGCCUUCCUUUGGAGGUCCAUGCACAUCUCAGGAUGUCCCCCAAAGCACAGGUAUUUGGCAGGCCCUGGGACAAGACUCUAGAGAAGUGGUUCCCAAUUACCCUGUUUCUCCUAAAAUAAGACGUAGCCAUAAAAUAAGCCAUAGCAGGAUUUUUAAGCAUUCAAGGAAUAUAAGCCAUACUCCGAAAAUAAGCCCUAGUGAUAGGCAGUUUAACUUUGUAGGCUAAACUGUACCAUUUGUUUAGUCGUUUAGUCGUGUCCGACUCUUCGUGACCCCAUGGACCAUAGCAUGCCAAGCACUCCUGUCUUCCACUGCCUCCCGCAGUUUGGUCAAACUCAUGUUUGUAGCUUCGAGAACACUGUCCAACCAUCUCGUCCUCUGUCGUCCCCUUCUCCUAGUGCCCUCAAUCUUUCCCAACAUCAGGGUCUUUUCUAGGGAGUCUUCUCUUCUCAUGAGGUGGCCAAAGUAUUGGAGCCUCAGCUUCACGAUCUGUCCUUCCAGUGAGCACUCAGGGUUGAUUUCCUUCAGAAUGGAUAGGUUUGAUCUUCUGGGACUCUCAAGAGUCUCCUCCAGCACCAUAAUUCAAAAGCAUCAAUUCUUCGGCGAUCAGCCUUCUUUAUGGCUCAGCUCUCACUUCCAUACACCACUACUGGAAACUGUACCAUACUUAAUAAAAAAAUAAGACAUCCCCUGAAAAUAAGCCAUAGUGUGUUUUUUUUAGGAAAAACAAAUAUAAGACGGUGUCUUAUUUUUGGAGAAACACGGCAGCUAAGUCACGUGGACCCCCUACUUUUGAAAAUGUUGGUAUACCUGUGGUAGUUUUGGUUACAUAAUCCAUCCCCCUGGGUGGAUUACACGGCCCUGCUGGGGUCUGUGGACCACUAGUUGGGAGCCCCUGCUCUAGAGGACUGUUCUGCAUUUACUUACAGAAGCAUUUCCUCUUUGUCAGCCUGACUUUCCUUUCCAGAAUUGCUGCUUGUGUCUGUGCAGAUGCCGGUAUGUGUCUUGUCUCCUCCUCUUCCACAUACAUUCAUUCCUCAGUGGGGCCUUUCUGUGGAUAGGGCCUGGGAGAGGAGGAUACCCAUCUCUCCUGUAGCCAAUAAACAUCUUGUACCAA